UAAUUUCCACUGAUUUUGUGCAAAUGGGUGUGUUUUUUAUGCAGUUGCUUACACUCUUGUUUAUAGUUUAGCAAGUGUUUUAUCCACAGAGGCUGGGUGGCAUCAUCCAUGGUGCAUUGUUUAGAAUAAGACAUAUUUCCUUCAUGCUACAAAUUGGGUUAAACGUGAUUGCAUGUUGCACUCUUUGUUGGGUUUAGCUGAGUUUUGUUGUGUGCUUUUUUCUCGGAGGUAGAAAGGAUUUGCAGCUGCUGCUGUUGUUGUUGUUGUUGUUGUUCACAGCGUUGGAUCUACACUUAGAAAGAAGUGGGUUGAGGGUUUAGGAGGUGGGCAUGGCUGGUCUUGAUUCAAGAGAUGGGAAAUCGGAUUUAGAAGCGGAGGAUUGCAGAUCGUGCGCUACUUGUUUGUGUUAAGAACCAUGGGAUGGAGUUUGAGGAUGUUCGACUUCAUGUUAGGUCGAAGAUUUGGAGCAGAUGUGACUGUGAAAUUAGCUUUGCUACAGUAAACGUCGCAUCGUUAAGGGAGGUGAAGUGAUGAGGAGAACGUUAAUAGUGCUCGUAAUAGUGAGAAAUGUGUAGUGGACGCGGUGAGGUUCUCACUUUUUUCAGGCAAAAUCUUCAAAGGCUACUCUGCAGACAACGAGGAAACUCCGGGUCCAACCGCGAUGCAGAAACUGAAAGAAAGAGUUGUAGAUUUUGAAAACCACCUGAAAGGUAAGGAAAGCUCAGAUAAAGAGGACCCUCAUCCUGAGUUGUCCUAUAUUCCACCGGCAGAUCCAAAGCAACUUCAAGAAGGAAAACAGCAUGGAGGAUUGCCAGCAGCUGUACUUGGCAGUGAUGUGCCUUCUGGAGUAACCGCAGAUUACUUGUCUUCGGUGAAAGACAAGGGGGCUGGAGGGCAUAAAAAACAAUUCUCAGGUGAGGAUGCUGAUGAACCCACAAUGAUCGGCAGAAUCAAAGGAAAGUUUUUAGAAGCUGAGAGUUACCUGAAGGGCGAAGAGGCACAGGCGAAGAAGGAUCCUCAUCCUGAGCUGUCCUACAUCACUCCCAUGCCACAAGAAAAGCCAGGAUUGUUCACCAGAAUAGAACAUAAAUUCGGAGGCCAAGAGAAGAAGGGUGAAGCUGCAAACCCUUCAGCAUAUCCUAAAGGUGUUGGAAGCAGUGAGUUAGGUACUGGCUAUGAAGAAGAUGGUUGAGAGAUUGGGAAUCGUGCCGCAUUUCCGAAGGUCACAAACUACGCAUGAAGAGGUGUUACGAGGUGUACAUGGAGUACUAGUUGCUGUAAGGUGCUGCCUGUGGUCUGUGUGAUAGAUUAGGUGGUGUAUAAUGGGCAGAAAAUCACUCGAGCCCCCAAAUUACCUGAGCAGGCACAGGUAAUGCGAUUAUAAAUGUUUCUCAGAAGAAUUGGUUUUCCCACAUCUUUCCUUGAAGCAUUGUGUCAGUAUACAAGUUCCAUGAAUAUAUUUUUGUCCUUUUUUCAUUUCAA